ACACUAAUAAUGAUCCUCCUGCUUCAGCCUCCGGAAGUUCUGGGAUAACAGGUGUGUGCCACCUCACCUAGAUAUGAACCAUUCUUUUUCAGCUUGUGACUCCAACUCGCUCUAUAGAUGUAGCAGGUGCGCAAUCAACAUGAAGGGACAAGAUCGAUGGUGACAUGUCACCACACUGCAGAACAUUUCUCUAGUAAUGAAUGCUUUCCAAACUGCACUUCAGUCUCAAACUUUGUGACAACUGACAGAUAGGGGGAUUGUGAGGUGUAUAGAAUUUGAGACCUUGAGGAGUUCCAUAUCCAAGGAGAAGUAACCACAGCCAGUGGAGACAGAUCUGCUCCUCUUAUUUGCUCCCUCAAGUUUUUAGCAGAGGGCUAAGCCCAGCAUCUCAGCCUUGUGUGACUACAGAGUCAGGUGUCUAUAGAGACAAAUUUCUUUUUGGUACCCUAGCUUUCUGUGGCUCAAGGGAUUGUCCUCUUAGGACACAGAGGCUUCUGAGCAGCAGGGUACACUUCUGUUGACAAGCCUGACACCAUGGGGAAAGGAGACAGCACAGAGGCAGCACCAAACACCACAUCAAAUCGCAGUGUCCUAGAGGAGUAUAAUUAUAAGGUGGGCAAGGUCAUUGGCACUGGCUCCUAUGGCACUGUGUAUGAGGCUUACCACACAAAGCAAAAGGUCAUGGUGGCUAUCAAGAUCAUCUCAAAGAAAAAGGCCUCUGAGGACUACCUUAACAAGUUCAUGCCCCGGGAGUUACAGGUAAUGAAAAUCUUGCGGCACAAGUACCUCAUCAGCUUCUAUCAGGCCAUUGAGACCACAUCUCGAGUGUACAUCAUUUUGGAGCUGGCUCAGGGUGGUGACGUCCUUGAAUGGAUCCAGCGCUAUGGGGCCUGCUCUGAGCCCCUUGCUGGCAAGUGGUUCUCCCAGAUGACCCUGGGCAUGGCCUACCUACACGGCAAGGGCAUCGUGCACCGCCUGAUCACCAACCUUUCUGCUACUGGCAGGGAUUUAAAGUUGGAGAACCUGUUGCUGGACAAGCAGGAGAACGUAAAGAUUUCAGACUUUGGCUUCUCCAAGAUGGUGUCUUCUAACAAGACUGGCCAUAGCAGCCCCUCUUACCAGCGCUCCAGCAUCUUUUCUCAAGUCAGCCAGACUUACUGUGGUAGCUUUGCUUAUUCCUGUCCAGAGAUCUUGCGAGGCUUGCCCUACAACCCUUUCCUGUCUGACACCUGGAGCAUGGGUGUCAUCCUCUAUACUCUAAUGGUCGCUCAUCUGCCCUUUGAUGACACCAAUCUCAAGAAGCUGCUGAGAGGGACUCAGAAGGAGGUCACUUUCCCACCUAACCAUGCCAUCUCCCAGGAGUGCAAGAGUUUGAUUCUCCAGAUGCUGUGCCAAGCUGCCAAGCGUGCCACCAUCCUGGACAUCAUCAAGGACCCCUGGGUGCUCAGAUUUCAGGCUGAACCACCAACCCAUGAGAUCAAGCUGCUUGAGGUCAUGUUCCAGCCUCCCAACACCACUAAUGCACAACCAUUGGAAUGAGAUGAAAGUGGUUGAGGCAAGGGCCUGAGGGGAUCCAGACAGAGGGUUUGGGUUGACAAAUCUUUUACACCAAAAAUAAAUCCAAUUUUCAUAGACUUUUAUCAACUAGGGUCAAAGAUGGGUUACUAAAGGGAAUCUUAGUGGGAAAACUACACUCGGGUGGAUUUUUGCUCUAAGCCUAGAACCAGGAAUCUUGGCUGCUAUUCAUUUUAUUUUAAGGUUUACAGUGCAGCUUGUGUGGUAGGGGUAUGCAACACCUGAGUUUAGAUUUUGCAAGCUCUGUUAUUCUAAGUAUGUACUUUCUCAUUUUAUAUCCUUUGUUCUCUAAUGUUCAAGGAGUGGGUGGGCAGACACCCUGGCUGUUGCAUUUUGACUGUGGCUUUAUUUGUACAUAGUCCAAAGUGAUGACAUCAGUUGGUCUUUCACAAAUGAAUAUUAGGGUAUAUUUAAUACCCGGGUUCCUUCAGUGUCCUCCACUGCCAUGUUAAUCUCUGAAAAUAAUACCAGGGUGUUAAGGUCCUCCACUGCUACCCCAUAUGCAGAAGUGACUAGAAGUGAUAGAAAUCUAACCAAGCCUCUUAGUGGUAAAUGUAAUCAAUAAUGGUUUCUGGAUAAAGGAUGCCUAUCUGCCUGGC